GUCACAACAGGAAGAGAUGCUAACUGGUCGUCUGCCUGGCAGGUAAAUAGUACACACCGGGGAUGCUAGCUGUGGUCAUUUCCGACACUACUAAAGGACAGAAACUCCGGGCUAACUGGAGCAAAGAUGAAAGCCCAUUCUUUACUGAGGAUAUUAAGUUUUAGACACCUGACUGCGAGCCUGUAGCCAUGGAUGGACAUGCUGCCAAAACCAAUGAAAGCACCUUCCCCAGCUUUGUGGAUCUGGAUAAUUUCCUUACCAAGCAUGAUUCCAACUUCAUCUGGCUUCUUGUUGCCACCAUUCUGUCCUGUGGAUGGAUUAUCUAUUUAACUUAUUACAACUCACGCAACAUUGGCCUCAUUCUCACCCUCAUCAUCAACAGACUCUACAAGGAUGGCUACAUUCACAUCGGCUCCUUCUCCUUCUCUGUUCUGUCAGGGAAGGUCAUGUUCAGAGAUGUCUACUACAUCAACCAAGACAUGUCUAUCAGGAUACAGGAUGGCUUUCUCAUAUUUCGUUGGUGGAAAAUGUAUAAUCCAAAACAGAAACAACAUGAUCCCAAGGCAGAGACGAGGCUUUACGUGACUGUCAACGGCUUUGAGUUCCAUGUCUAUAACCGGACUGACCUCUACGCACGACUGCAGGAGACCUUUGGACUGGAACCCACGCUUCAAAGGCCCAAAAAAGAUGAAGAGAGGGGGCGAGAGGACAGAAACAAGACACUGGAAAGUGUCAACAUUAAAGCUGAAAGUCAGGAUCCCUCAUCAUCUUGGCGGUCCCUCAUUCCCGUCAUCAAAGUUAACAUCAGCACUGGCCGCUUAGCAUUUGGGAACCACUACCUUCCACAGACUCUGUGCAUGAACUUUGAGGAUGCCUGCCUGACGUAUGCCACCAAACCUCCCUCCAGCCACUUGGACCAGUACAUGCACAUUGUCAAAGGCUCACUGGAGAAUGUGCGGGUCAUGCUGGUUCCCAGUCCUCGCUACCUGGGCAUGCAGAAUGACGAACCCCCCAGACUGAUGGGAGAGGGCUUUGUUGUGAUGCAGUCCAAUGAUGUUGACAUCUACUAUUACCAAGAUGAACCAGGUCUGGUUCCUGUCGAGCAGGAGAGUGGCGAGGAAGCAGAGACGAGCAGUGAGGAUGAUAAGCUGCAGGACCUGCCUCCUUGCUGGGGUCUGGACAUCGUCUGUGGGAAAGGAACUGACUUCAACUAUGGGCCCUGGGCAGACCGGCAGAGGGACUGUCUGUGGAAGUUCUUCCUGCCUGCAGACUACCAGGCCAUGAAGGCAACUGAGGUGGCACAGCCGGGAAAACCCAGGCAGAUCCAGGCCUUCGAGCUUCGCAUGAACAUCAUUGCUGACGCCACCAUCGAUCUGCUUUUCACCAAAAACAGGGAAACCAAUGCCAUUCAUGUGAAUGUAGGUGCAGGCUCUUACCUGGAAGUCAACAUCCCCAUGACUGUGGGAGAGAAUGGAUACUCUCCCACCAUCAAAGGUCAGCUGCUUCAUGUGGACACCACCAGCAGCAUGCAGUACAGGACCCUUCUGGAGGCUGAGAUGUUGGCUUUCCACGUGAUAGCCAGCUACCCCCGGGUAUGGAACAUGCCCCAGUCGUGGCAGUGUGAGAUUGAGGUGUACAAGGCCACGUACCAUUUCAUCUACGCCCAGAAAAGCUUCUUCACUGAUUUGAUCCAGGAUUGGGCGAGUGACAGCGCCCCCGAUAUCUACUCUUUUGUGCCGUAUUCCUGGAAGUUCAAGAUCCUUUUCCAUCAGUUUGAGAUGAUCUGGGCAGCAAACCAACACAACUGGAUUGACUGUUCCACCAAACAACAGGAGAAUGUGUACCUAGCAGCCUGCGGCGAGACGCUCAAUAUAGACUUCACUUUGCCUUUCAAUGAGUUUGUUCCAACCACCUGCCAUACCCGCUUCAGCUUAAAGGCGGAAGAUACAGACAUGCGACUUUCCCUGCCAGAGUGCCAUCCGAGCCGCUGCCCCCUGCUCACCCUGGCCAAAGACUACCAGAACAUGAAGCUGCCCCCAGACAUGUUCAUGCCGGGGGAGAAUCAAGGAGCUCCUCCUCCGAAAGCCGCCAAGUCGAGGUGGAGGAACAUCACCCGCGCAGAAUCUGGUUGGGUAGAUUGCUGGAGUGUGCCCAACUUUUUGCUUAUCAUUGACUACACCUGGCACCCCAUUUAUCCCCAGAAGGCUGAUGAGCAACUCAAACAGUCAUUUUCUGAGAUGGAGGAAUCCAUGCUAUCGGCCUUGCGGCCCCCAGAACACACCUCAGUGGCUCACACAUCUGCUUCAGCGCCCCACAGUCGGGCAACCACUGACCCCUCAGAGCUGCCCCCUGACAAACUUCACGUGGAAAUGGAAAUGUCACCAGAUUCUCAAAUAAUUCUCUAUGGGCCUUUGCUCCGAGCUCUGAUUUCCAUCAAGGAAAAUUAUUUUGGCGAGGAUGACAUGUACACAGACUUCGAGGAAGCCGUGUCGAGCCCUGUGUUGUCCACUUCUACUUCCUCGGGCCUUGGCUGGUCUCCACUGGGAAUGGAAGACAGCGAACAUAAAGAAACCUCAGACAUCCAUCCCCUUGACCUGCGGCCCUGGGACAUCACCGUGCUCAUUAACCUCUACAAAGUUCACGGCCGGCUGCCAGUGCACUGCAGCAGCGAGGGUCCCGAAGCUCCAUCCGGCUUCUUGGAGCGGCUGUGUUUUGAGAUGAAAAAGGGCUACAAGGAGACAAAGCUUCAGCUGCUCCUUUCCCCUGUUCACAUCUUUGUCAGUGACAACUACCAGGUAUUAGACUCACCUACCUGCUGACGCUGGGCUCCUGUGAUUUAUGGAGUUUCCUAAAUAUAUAAGUAUUAGACUAGAUCUGAUUGGUCUUAGACACUUCUAGUCCCAUCUUUGUGUAUUUCCAGCAAACAAUUCUUCUAUUUCACUCCCUCUACGCCUUUCAGUGACGCAAGGCACCUGCAUCUUAGUGCCACACUAUUUUUGGACUCCCAGACCACAUUCCUAUUUAGAGGGCUGUCCUGCAGGAGAGCACAGAGUUACACUUUAUCAUGUUAAUGCAGCUAUAGUGAGUAAACAUAAAUGAAUAACUGAAGUUAAAACAGCAUUAGAGCACAUCUGCUCAACUUCUCAGUAUUUCAGCUGAACCUUCAUAUUGUUUUUAUACAAGCUAAGAUUAAGUAUCGUGACAACAGGCUAAUUCGAUACAUUAAGUAGAUCUUAAUCACUGGUUGGUGAAUACUAUGCAACUCAUGUCUACCUUUGUGGUUUUUAAAAUAUUUUAAAAUAUUUACAGAAAAUUUAUAUCGUUAUCGGGAUGAUAGAUGUCUUAUAUUGGGGAUAUGAGAUUUUGGUCGUAUCGCACAGCCCUGGUGUCCACACACAUAUGUUUGUUUGUUCUCUUUCAUAGCAUUCGUUUCAUGUCUCACUAUGGGGAACGCCUCCUGCGUGACCUCAUCAGAAGCUCAAAUACCAUUACGCCAGCCCUUACAGGCUGGCUAGGUGACGCCCAUGUCAGGAGGGGCCAGUGCCUCCCUAUAUAAUAGGCUGACAUAGCAUCAGAUGUCAUUCAAAAACCUCUUCUCGCUUCUCACAGAAGCCUGUAGACAACUGUGCUAUUGGGUGCUAAAGCUAAACUGUCCACAGAUUCGAGUGAACAACUCGGUCGCCGGGCGCUUUGUUCCCAGCUUUCAGUUGUCCACUAGCAUACAAGCAGUAGCAAUACUGUUCUGUGGCUAGUGCGGGUGCCAAGUAGCAAUACUUUCACCCAGGAA